UAACUGCAGAAGCAGAAAUCUGCUGUCAUCCCCGGAGCUAACACCAUAGCACGAUGGUCGCGGUAUUGGAUGCGAAUUGUUAAGUGUUGUUUAGUUUCUGUAACUACCUUACGUAGCGCAUGAUUCGCGUCACUCGCAGCUGGGAAAAACCCUGCAAGUGGUGUUCGCUGCGCUAAGGCGAGUCUCCAGCUCCCACCAACCGUGACCCGGACAUCAGGAAGAAGUUACACCACCAGGCUGGAUGGCUGAGCCGGAGCUUCUGCUGGACUCCAACAUCCGACUUUGGGUGGUGUUGCCCAUUGUCUUCAUCACCUUUCUGGUCGGGGUCAUUCGCCAUUAUGUUUCCAUUCUUCUUCAAAGUGACAAGAAGUUGACGUUAGAACAGGUUUCUGACAGCCAGGUUCUUAUCCGGAGCAGAAUUCUCCGAGAAAAUGGAAAAUACAUACCCAAACAGUCCUUUUUGAUGAGGAAGUUCUACUUCAAUAAUCAAGAAGAUGGAUUUUUCAAGAAGACCAAAAGAAAGGUGGUUCCACCUUCUCCCAUGACAGAUCCCAGCAUGCUGACAGACAUGAUGAAAGGAAAUGUCACCAACGUGCUUCCCAUGAUUCUCAUUGGGGGCUGGAUCAACUGGACUUUUUCUGGAUUUGUAACAACUAAGGUUCCCUUCCCUCUCACUCUGCGCUUCAAGCCCAUGCUGCAGCAAGGAAUAGAGCUGCUGUCACUGGAUGCCUCCUGGGUGAGCUCCGCGUCAUGGUAUUUCCUGAAUGUGUUUGGACUACGAAGCAUGUACUCAUUAAUUCUAGGCCAAGAUAAUGGUGCAGACCAGUCAAGGAUCAUGCAGGAGCAGAUGAGUGGUGCCGCCAUGGCCAUGCCUGCAGAUACAAAUAAAGCUUUCAAAGCUGAGUGGGAGGCACUGGAGCUGACUGACCAUCAGUGGGCGCUGGAAAGUGUAGAGGAGGAUCUGAUGAGCAGAGAGCUGGACUUUGAUGGCAUGUUCAGCAAGGAGCUGCCAAGUGGUAUCUUCUGAUGGACCCGCCACUUCUAUUUGGAGCCUUCACUUUGAAUUUUGAUCAUUGCAGGGAUUUGUUUUUUAUGGUUAGAACCGCAGAGAUGGGACAAAUCAUGUUAAUCAUGUUAUGCAAAGUUUACAUUCACUUAUGUGUGGUUCUUGUCUUCUCACAUGUAUUACCUUACCAUUCCUGUCCAGAUAAAACAUCUGAAAGGACUUAAAAUACACUGGUUCUGCUGCUGUCUCAUAGAUAUUAGAAAGCAUUGCUUUAUUUCACCUGGAUGAGCUGUUUGGGAGACAUUAAGUGGUUUUUUGCUUAGUAAAAUGCAUUAUUAACUUGCAUUAUUAGCUUGCAACUAUGAUCUUAAUGCCAGUAGGUAAUAGAAUGUAAACUACCUAGUAGAGCUUCUUUUUUUUUUCUUCUGUUAUGCACAGCAUAUACUAGCUGUCUUAAUCUUCAUAUGUAUCAUGUUUAAAAAAAAAAAAAAAAAAAGGACACAAUACCAUUUUACAGGUCUGAAUGAUGUUUAUUUAAUUCAUUAUACUUUAACACUCCUAAAUGGCUCAUUUUGUUAGAUCAUAGAUAGAUCAACUGUUCUGUGUCAGCUGCUUAAAGUUGGAAGCAGCCCCAGAACUAAUUAGUUGUUGGCAGAGAAUAUGUUUGUGUGAUUGAAAUAUUGGGGUUUUGAAGUAUGUAGACUGGUUCAUGUAACUCCCUUGUGUUUUGUACAGUAUAAAGCCUGUUUUGACUACA